AUGUCGUCCUCUUUCAACGGCGUGAGCCUUCACGUAAGCAUCACUAUUGCCCCGGAGAAUGUCCCAAAGUUCUUCGAAGCAUUCAAACCGGUCUAUGACAAAGUGAUUGCGGAGCCCGAAUGUACCUUUUUCGAGGUGCAUCAAUCGCCAGACGAACCAGGCGUGCUUUCGUGGGUCGAGAACUGGUCUAAGCCAAAGGAGUGGUUGAUACAGCACCAACUUACAAAAGAGUACUACAAAGAAUACAUCGCCAUUACCGAACCGAUGUUCUUGAAGCCACGCGAGAUAAAAGUUCUCAACCGUUUGGGUUCUCCCUACGUCCUGGUUAAGGAGGAUAACGGUGGGAUUCAAACCUCAUAA